UUGAAUUCCACCCAGUGCAAAUAAAAGCUUCCAUUUGAAUUGCAGAAAAAAAACAAACGUCCUGAAAGGUUUCGAAAUUGUGUAAAAAUAUUGCAGGUUAAAAGUGCUUGAAUUUAAUAGUGAAAAUGACAAAAUCGAAGCCAUAUUAUGCAAUUGUGUCGGGUUUAUGUGCAUCAUCUGCAAGUUUUUUCGGCAAAUUAAGCUCAUUUGGCCAAUUAGAAGACAACAGUAACAAAGAGCUGCAACUGCUAAUGAAAGUUCUGUGCAUCGUCAUAAUGGUACUCCUGAACGCGUGCGUAUGGCGUUUCUUCGUGAAGGCUCUUCAUACCAACGGGGGAACUUUAGUGGCAUCGCUGGUCAGCGCUGCAUCGAACUACACCGUGUCGGCCCUGCUUGGGUGGCUAAUAUUCGGCGAGCAAACUUCCAUUAUCUGGUGGAUUGGAACAACUCUGGUGAUGGCCGGACUUUUGCUCAUAAUGACCGAUGACGAAAGCAAUCGGGACAAAUCGGAUAAAAAAUUACAUUAGUUAAUAAAUUUGGUUUAAAAA